AGGUACUAUAAUCUUGUAGGGCAGCAUCGUGGCUUCAUUGGCGACUGCUGUACAUAUAAAACACUGUAAAAAUCUGUGGCAUACUUUCUAAUUACUAUGUAUAAUCAACCCAAAGUAUAAUAUAUCGUUUGCUAUAUCAAACGGCGCUAAUAAAGUACACUAAGAUCUGAAAAUAAUGAUCUUCUUCUUCUUUUGGCACAACAACCGCUGCCGGUCAAGGCCUGCCUGUACCCACUAGUGAAGUGGGCUUGACUUUCAGUGACUUUUUGAUACCGUAGCAGGAAAGACAGUCCUACGUAUGGAGGCACGGUCUAUUCGGGGCUUGAAUCCAUGACGGGCAUGUUGUUAAGUCGUUCGAGUUGACGAUUGUACCACCAGAUCGCCCCAAAUAAUGAUAUUUCUCAUUAAACGAAGAAAUAAAGAGAAUUGAAUUGUUUGACAAUUGCUAACUUUAUAAAGUUCCGAAAAUAUUUGCAAUUCAUUUUUUAAGGUUUAAAUAUGCAAAAGUGUCCUUCCUAUUUCAUUAGUCGAGAGAUAAAAUUAUAAAUGAUCAUGCUUCAGAUGAAACAGAGAAAGCAAUCAGAUUUCAAAAAAUGGUACUUACAGUGUUUUUUAUGUGUUUCCAGAGUUUUGGUACCCUUUCUUGACUGUUUCUUAUGGGAAGUGAUUUUUAUGUGAUUUCCGAACAAGAAUGAGGAUUUUUUAGUGUUUUAGUGUCUCUCAAACAAAAGUGUCGUAGAGUCCAUUUCCCGUCGUAUAUAAGUCACUUUCACUAUAAAAGAGUCAAGUUAGCUGUCAAACGCCAAGCCAAGUGUGAGAAAUCGUAGUAUCCUAAAAAAACAUACGAAAAGGAGGACCCAUCAAGAACUUAUGGAAUUCGCACCGGGCGAUCGUUCUCUUAUCAUUCCGACCGCCGAUGUGAACACUUGUAUCUUGUCAUUGUAUCGAAAUAAAGUUGGUGUACGACUAAGAAACCAACAUGUAUGAAUUAGAAAAACGCUACUUUGUUUCUUGUCGGAAAACUAACAUUAGACUAUUGACUUAUCGUACCAAGAGCAUAGCGAUUACUCUUAGUCUUUCCCUCCAUUGCAGGCCUUCUUCUUCUUCUUCUUUGGCACAACAACCGUUGUCGGUCAAAGCCUGCAUGUACCCCCACAAGUGAAGUGAGCUUGGCUUUCUUUGACUUAUUGUUACCUUACAAGGAUAGUCAGUCCUACAUAUGGGGACACGGUCUAUUCGGGGCUUGAACCCAUGACGGGCAUAUUGUUAAGUCGUACGAGUUGACGACUGUACCACCAGAUUGGUAACUGGGGUGGUACGGGGAACUGGUACGCUGCUUUUCCAAAUCUUCGAACCCAACCGACCGUGCGCCUUCGAACGGAUUCGCGUGGCGAUCGUGCCGAUCGUGCGCCACCGAAUAGCUUUCAAACGGUAGCUUCGCUGUGGAGGAAGAAAUAACAACGGACUCAUCAUGCUCUAUGCGCACAUUUAAAACCUCACACGCGCAUGUAGGGCUUUGCUCUAUAUAAUGUUCUAAGCUUUCACUUUCCCAGUCGUCUUCACAUACACCCCUCGUUGAGUGAACGUGUAAGGACAACUAGUCCCGUUCAUUUUCCCCGUCUUGGUGAGCUCGGUGAUGCGUGCAAUCGUGUUGCCGUUUGGAGCCUACUGACCGCUGGUGCGCAGUCUUCCCCCGUCAGUGUUGGAUUUGCGCUUGAAUUGCGUACUCCGUGUGAAACCUGCGCAUAGCCACGUCGUCGUCAGUGCGUCACCAUGCGCGUGAAGUUCACCAUCAACGGGAAGCUGUACCAGGUUACCCCGGACGAGCUGCCGAUCGAUGCGUCGCUGAACCGCUUCAUACGCACCAAGGCACACCUGACGGGCACCAAGUUUAUGUGUCUCGAGGGUGGCUGUGGCGUGUGCAUCGUGAACGUGGUCGACACGCAUCCGGUAACCAAGCAACGCAUCACCUUCUCAGUGAACUCGUGUCUGUUUUCGGUGUUCUCCUGCCAUGGCAUGGACAUUCUUACGGUGGAAGGCAUUGGGUCGAAGGCGACCGGAUACCAUCCGGUACAGGAGCGAUUGGCACAGUUCAACGGCACACAGUGCGGGUACUGUUCGCCCGGCAUGGUGAUGAGCAUGUACAGCCUGCUGGAGGCGAACAAUGGCAGCGUCACGAUGGAAGAUGUGGAGAAGGCACUGGCAGGGAACAUCUGUCGCUGUACCGGCUAUCGACCGAUUCUGGAUGCGUUCAAGUCAUUCGCGGUCGAUGCACCGCCCGAGGAUAGGCUAGCUCGACGGGCUAUGGGCAUCACCUGUGCCUCAGACAUCGAAGAUCUGCCCCGGGCGAGCUGUGUCGGUUGUGAGCGGGAAUGUUCAGCCAAGGGUUGCUCCGAUGAGACGAUUGAGCUGCAGUUCAUGUAUCAAGAUCGUCGGUGGUUUCGAGUGCGCACAGUGGACGAGAUAUUUGACAUCCUGCGAGAGGAGGACGUGAGCCCUGGGACGUACAUGCUGGUGGCGGGCAACACGGGUCACGGUGUGUACCGGAGAGCUGCAGACUUGCGAGUGUUCAUCGAUGUGCGCCACGUGGAGGAGCUGCGCAACUACUGGAUCGGAAGUUCGGUGAUCGUCGGUGCGAAUGUGACGCUCAGUGAGCUGAUGGAGAUAUUGCGAGAGGCGGCCAAAGCCGAUCGGCGCUUUACGUACUGUGGCGAGCUGGCACGUCAUGUGGAAGAGGUCGCACAUCCCGCAGUGCGGCACGUCGGGACGAUCGCCGGGAAUCUAACGCUCAAACAUCGCCAUCCCGAGUUUCCAUCCGAUCUGUUCGUUUUGUUCGAAGCGAUCGGUGUCGAGAUGACGAUUGCUUCCCCCAGUGGUGCGAUGGAAAAGCUGCUGCCCGGCCAGUUUCUCAGCUAUAACAUGCACAGACAGGUGCUGCUGAACGUAACGCUUCCCCCGCUCGACUCGGACCGGUGCGUGUUUCGCUCGUACAAGGUAGCGGCAAGGGCGCAGAACGCGAGUGCCCAUGUCAACGCCGCCUUUCUGUUGCGCCUGUGCGCACGCAAAAUUAACGUCGAGCAAGCGUGUCUUUGCUUCGGCGGCAUCGGACCGAAGUUUUCUCGCGCAACCCGCACGGAGCAGUACCUCGCGGGCAAGAACCCGUUCAACAACGUGAUGCUGCAGGAAACGCUUGCCGUACUGAACGCCGAGCUAGCCGGUGGACAAACGGAACCAGCCGCAGAUGCAUCAUACCAUCGCCAGGUAGCAGUCGGUUUACUGUAUCGUUUCGUCCUUCAUAUUGCGCCACGUGAUCGUCGCGUAGCCAACCCGAUAAUCCGCUCGGGUGGAUCGAAAAUACAGCGUCCCAUUUCCAGCGGCGCUCAGUCCUUCGAUACGUAUCCCUCAAACUGGCCGCUUACGCAAGCACUGCCCAAGUUGGAAGCCUUCCACCAGACGGCCGGUGAAGCGAUCUACGUCAACGAUCUUCCAAGUCGGCCGGACGAGUUGCACGCCGCCUUCGUACUGGCAAACGUAGUGCAUCGACAGAUUACUGCCAUUGAUCCAUCGCCCGCUCUCGCAAUGCCGGGUGUUGUGGCGUUCUAUUCCGCCAAAGAUAUCCCUGGGAAGAAUAAUUUCGCCUCACUUGUUGGAGGUUUCAACACGGCCUUCCCGUUUCGGGAUGUGCCCGAGGAGAUUCUGUGUAGUGGUUACGUACUGUACCACGGUCAGCCGGUUGGUAUUGUUGUGGCUGAAUCCUUCGAGUGUGCUACGGAGGCAGCAACGAUGGUGAAGAUGACGUACGGAGAGUCCAAUGAUGAGCCGAUACUUCCCACGGUGGAUGAUGUGCUCGCCCAUGGCACUUCAGGCCAUCGUAUCCUGACGCUAGAACCGGACGUAGUGGGCCGAUCGUACAACCGGGCGGGCAGUACUGUCAACACCGUGAAGGUUACGGGAAAGUGUCACUUUCGCAGUCAAGCACACUUCACGCUAGAGCCUCAGACUUGUCUUUGCAUCCCAUCGGAGGAUGGGACCGGAAUGGAUGUGUAUAGUGCUACCCAAUCGAGCCAUAUGGUUCAGAACGCGAUCGCAAAGUCACUCAACUGGCGCCAGUGUAAUAUACGAGUUAUUGUACGUCCUGUAGGUGGAUCGUUUGGAGGAAAACUGUCCCGCGGGGCAUGGGUCGCCAGUGCGUGUGCCCUGGGCGCCUAUCUUACCCGACGUCCGGUUCGGAUGGUAUUACCGUUCGAGACUACUAUGAAGGCAAUCGGUAAGCGUAUCGGAGGUCAAUGCGAGUACGAAGUGGACGUGCGUCCGAUGGAUGGACGCAUUGUUCGACUUUCCAACACGUACUACGAGGAUGAGGGUGUGUCCCAGUACGAAGCGAUGACGAUGCUGUUCCGAGAGGCGUUCCGUAACUGCUACAGUGAUGACAGCUGGCGACUACGGAUGCGCGGUGCCCUUACUGACUCACCUAGCACCACCUGGUUAAGAUCGCCCGGUACAGCCGAGUCGAUUGCCACCAUCGAAACGAUCAUGGAGCAUGUGGCGUUCGUUACUGGGCUCGAUCCUCUCACAGUUCGGCUUGCCAACAUGGAACCAGGCAGCAGCAUGGCCACCUUACUGCCAGCAUUCUAUGAGCAGGUUGACUUCAAGGAACGUAAAGCAGCUGUCGAUCGUUUCAACGAGACGAAUCGUUGGAAGAAGCGAGGAAUUGCGAUCGUUCCGAUGGGUCAUCCGAUUCGUUAUUUUGGUGGCAUGAACGCUUGGGUGUCAAUCUAUCACGUGGAUGGAAGUGUGGCCGUCACGAUCGGCACUGCCGAGAUCGGACAGGGUGUUAACACAAAGGUGGCACAGGUUGUGGCCCACACGCUCGGCAUUCCUUUGGCGUUGGUUACGGUGAAGCCACACACGACUAUAGGCAGCCCGAACGCAUUCAUAGAGGGAGGCAGUAUCAGCACGGAUGUGGUGGCGUACUCGGCCCGGCGUGCCUGUGAAACUCUGCUCGAACGCAUUCGUCCCGUGCGGGAAGAUAAUCGAACCGCUCCGUGGGAAGCGAUCGUACAGAUGUGCUACCAGCGACGGAUUGAUCUGACCGCUUCUUACAACACCAAACGGACGGAUCUACGUGGAUACACCGUGUGGGCACUGUGUGCAGUCGAGCUAGAGGCGGACGUACUUACCGGGCAGGUACAGCUGCAGCGUGUGGACAUUCUGGAGGAUACGGGCGAGAGCAUGAACCCUCUUUUAGAUAUUGGACAGAUCGAGGGCGCUUUUGUGAUGGCGGUUGGGUUUCAUCUGCUCGAGGAGCUGCGGUACGAUCGGAGUACGGGAGAGCUUAGCAACUACCGCACGUGGAACUACAAGCCGCCGAGUGCGCGUGACAUUCCGGUAGAUAUGCGCGUUCGGUUGCUGCAGAAGAGUUCGAACCCAGCGGGUGUACUUCGGUCGAAGACAACGGGAGAACCGGCAUUCAACUUGGGAGUUACCGUCCAGUUCGCUCUACGGUAUGCGCUAGCUUCGGCACGGCGCGAUGCUGGACUGCCGAUUGAGUGGUUAGAGAUUGCUACGUCCUGUACACCGGAAAAGGUACUUGCUCUGACGGGGACCACCAUCGAUCAGUUUGUGCUGCACUGAACAAGAGCGAAUCAACCACAAACUAAGCGCCUACUUAGGACCCCGAGGUCUCAAGGGGGUCAAUAAGCAAAACUUUCAAUUAUAAGUAUGCAUAAUGAUCAAGAUUUUUCUAUUCAUAUUUCGAUUUGAUUUGAGGUGAAAUUGAAAUGCAAAGUGAACUUUUCCGGUUAUAAAUUCACAACUUAAUGUGGCUCAAUUACAAGAAAAUAAUGCGUCCGACUAUUUUAGGACCGGUAUCUUGGUACAGCCGUCAACACGCACGUUGUGGUAUCAAGCCCGUUAUGGACCGUGUCCCUUAUAUAACGGUCAAUUAUAUAGGUCAAUUUUGAAAGUAUCUAAACCUUAGAGAAAUUUACUUUAUGUAGAUGUGAAGUGAUAAAAAUGUAUGGAAGAUGACCAGCCUGUCCGGUUCAUCUAAAAGAAACUACACGAGAACUAUCUUAAAGAUUGCAUCUUAGAGUGAAAUCACUGUAAGUGUAAUGGAAUAGAAAAAAUAAUUGUCAGAGUUAUUGAAAAUAAAAUA